GCGAUUGUCUAAAUUUUCCUUCAUAUGUUAUUUACAUAUUUUUUUUUUUUUUUAGUAUAUUUACAAUAUUUCUUUUUUUUUGAAAUAAAUAUUUACCCACAGUGAAUUGUGUGUGUUUUUUUUAAAUUCACAAAAUAGGAGAACUCAUUGAAAAAAAAAAAAAAUAAUCGGGACAUGCAAACUAUUGAAAAUCGUUUGGUUAUAAAAUUCUGUCAUUAGUGGUCAGUGAUUUUUUGUUAUUUUGAUGGAAGCAAACAUUUUUUUCAAAUAACUAUAUAAAUAUAGUUUCGUCGCGAACCGAACGCUUAGCGUUCGGCGCGAAAUUAUCAUUAUUUUUUGUCACAUAGUUUGAUUAAAAAAAAAAAAAGAUUUGUUUUUUUCAAAAUAUUUAGAAGAAUCUUGAAAAAUUUGUGGAUUAAAAAUUUGAAUUCAACAUUUUGAAAACAUUAUAUUUUUGCAAAUGAAAGGAAAUGAGAGAAGAAAUUUUUUUAGAAUUUGUAUUUCAUUUACUGCGCAGAAGAAUUGACAAUUUUUUAUGAAACAUCGUUUACGGCCCUUCUAUGUUUCGAUUAGUCGAUCAUCCUUUGAGUUUCAGGCAACAAGCCAACGAGUGGAUUUAUAAGAUGUUAUUUUUGUGGGCAAGAGAGCCUAUUCCACAUUCCAGGGCUGGUCCAUGGUUUGCUUGGUUCGCAACGGCUGCAGUUUUAUGGCGAUGCCGUCGACGAAUAUCAAAAGCAGUUAACGCUAUGUCACCCUUAAAAUUAUUUAAACGACGUGUAAUUCCAGUUAAUGUGAAAGCGGUGCAAGCGCCAAAAGCCACAACGACGACCGCACAAAAUAUCACCAAAGAACAACAAAAAAAACUCUGCUAUAUACUCAAUUCAAAGCACAACACGGGAAUUAAAACACGAGUUAAACGACUUUGCACUGGUGACGGACCACAUGUGACUGGCGCUUCAUGUAUUCAAACAUCUCCAUUAAUGAAUUACAAAGUCACUCGAAGCGGUAAAGUUUAUGGAAAAUAUAACAAAAUGAUAAUGUCAAAAAAGCAAUAGAAAAUUUUAUAAAAUUUUCAUAAAAAAAAACAACUUGCCUCUUUUUUAUAUAUCAUUAUUUCUUAAUUUUAUCAUAAUUUCAAG